CGGAGGAAACAAAGACGCCAUGUUCCAGAGGAUUCGAGAAUGGUUGUCACUGAAAAAUUACCAAUAUCAAGUAACUACUGGCAUCUACAUGCUGGAGCCUUGGGAGAGGACGAUUUUUAAUGCAACACUGGUGACAAUCCUAGGGAUGUCUGUAUAUUCUACAUAUGCUUAUUUACCAGCUUAUAUUUACAAUGUCCUUGCAUACUUUGGUUAUGUUGAAGAUUCCUAAUCUCUUGGCUCUUGGCUUCACCAUGAUAGCAGCAAGACUGUUCAAAGUAUUAUAAAAGUUUAUGCUCAAGAAGAGACUAAGAUUCAUUGCCAGUUUUACAUCAAGAUGAACACAACAAUAUACUAUGCAAUCGUGAAAGAAACUUAAGAAGUCAAUGCAAAAAGAGGAUGUAUCAAAGAAUCAAUUGCAGAUGAUUGUUUCAAACAUGGAGUUAAAAAAUCUUAAAUGUAAUGUGCAUGGAACAAUUUACCAAUCCACUGCAACUGUAAAGGCCAAAAUAUGUUUUGUUGUUAUAAUUUAAAAUCAGAUUUGUUGGGUAAAUUUAGAAAGAAACUGUGGUGCUGCAUCAGUGGGAGAGUAUGAUAGGGUAAUUUGGUGUUAUCAACUGGGUUGAUAAUGUAAAUUGGCCACCAUAAAGAGUGUCAAGGCUGAUAUUUUUGAGUGUUAGCCCUUCAUCAUUUGCUCUUACAAAGGGCCAACACUUGAAUCAUCAGCUUUUAAACUCUUUAUAGUGGCCAAUUUAGGUUAUUAACUGAAUUAAUAUUACUAAAUUACCAUGAAAUAAAAUACUUCCUUAUGUGUUA